AUCGUAGUAAGAAGAGGUUUUCCAAAGUCUUCCUUUAUGGGACUACAUUGAAUGCUGCCAAAAGAUCCUUAGCUCCCAUGAGUCUGCAAGACUAACGUGGUUGGAUCAUACAGACGAGGUUCGUCACAAGGAUGGAUGUUUGCAACUACGACCUGGUAGAUCUGCGGCACCCAGAGGGCAAUUCCUGCAUAAACACCCACAACACUUGACACACUUAAUCUGGAUGAGAGAACUUCAUCUCGUGCCUGUCCUUCUGGGGCGCCCUCUUCCAAGACCUGAUCGUGAUGGUGAGGAGUUUGAUAAUUGGAGUCGGGCAAUGCUCAUUUUGUUCAAGCCCUGGAGACGUCCCUCCGACUUGAGAUCUACAAACGAGAGUUGGACAGAAGCAUUUCAACGUUAUGAUUUCUCACCUAAACAUAAAACACUCAUGGCAAAUAUGAAUGUUGAAAAUGAAUGCAAGGACACAAGAGACCUACACUCCCACGUCCGUCGAACAAACCCGCAUCAACCUGAACUAUUCACCGCGAUGGAUGGUAUGCAGCAUUCAGAUGACAUUGAGGGUCCCGGAUUCUCUGUUCUAAAUGGCCCCUCCCUGCAAACAAUGGGCUCAAAUGGAAAGCAGUGA